UUUUCGUUCUUUGUGUGAUUAUUAUCCCCACUUCUGUUCUUUGGAAAAAACGAUGGUUGUUAUAUCACGCUUGGAAAAUUCCUGGACCAUUGUCAGUGCCACUCGUGGGAAGUGCGUUCCUGUUAUCGGCAACAAAAGAUAAUUUUUUCGACCUGAUUUAUGGAAAGCUGGAUUCCUGGAGACCAGUAGGAAAAGCAUGGGCAGGCUCACAGUUGUACAUAGCGACCACGCGACCAACAGAUGUAGAAAAAAUAUUGACAAAUUGUCUAAACAAGUCACCCUUCUACGAGCAUUUUAACGACGUAAUGAAAGACACCUUGCUGACGUCAAAAGUCAGCAUCUGGAAAGAACAUCGAAAAAUGAUCAAUCCCUCUUUUAAUUCGAAGAUCUUGAAUUCGUAUCAUGAUACAUUUGUUAAAUAUUCAAGUGAAAUGGUGAACUAUUUGAGUGACACAGAAGGUGAAGAACAAACGAAUCUCCUUCCAGUCAUUUGGGAAAAAACACUUGAUGUAGCUUUAGCUACUUUAACCAACGUAGACCCGCAAGUGAUAAAGGAACGACGACGUAUGAUUACAGUUACCGUGAAAUUCGAAGAAAUACUUAUACAGAGAUUUCAUACGUUUUGGCUUUUGAUAGAUUUCUUUUGGAAAUUAUCUAACUUACACAAGGAGCAUAAAGUGGUUUGUCAAACUGUUCACGCAUUUGUGGAAAACAUACUAUUACAAGAAUACAAAUCAUAUGAUUCGGAGGACAUAAAUGAUGAUACUAUUCAAAGUAAGCAAUUUCUACCAAAUUUGACUAACUUAAAGCGAACCAAGCAGAUCACUCGUGAAGAAAUUAUGGAUGAAACGUGUUUGAUGCUUACGGCGGCAAGCGAAACGGCAGCAAUUACAAUCAACACGGUUUUUACGUUUUUAGGAAUUUACUCAGACAUUCAGGAAAGAGUUUAUCAGGAACUCGUCUCAGUUCUGCCAAACAUGGAAAGCAGUCCAACUCAGGAAGAAUUGAAUCGUCUGGAUUAUUUAAAACGCGUUGUUAAAGAAAUUUUAAGACUAGUUCCCACAAUUCCUUUCAUUUUGCGAUAUGCUGACGAAGACAUUAAAUGCGAUCCUUACGUUUUUCCUGCCGGAUCUAACCUUGUCGUUCCUCUAGUGCUUCUACACAGAGAUCCGGAGGUGUGGCCCGAUCCGGAAAAAUUUGAUCCAGAUCGGUUUCUCCCUGAUGAAGUUGCGAAAAGACAUCGUUGUUCCUACAUUCCCUUCAGUUAUGGUUCCAGAAAUUGUAUAGGUCUAAAAUUUGGAAUGAUGCUGGUAAAAGUAAUGGUUGCGACGAUUCUGAGGAACUUCAAAGUACAAACUGUCGGUAUGAAAUCAUGGAAGGACAUCCAGUGGGAAUAUAUGGUAAUGCUGAAGGCUAAAAAUAGUCGUUCAGGCCAGACUUUCGGGUCGUUGUGGAGUUGGCCUAUAGGGAUGACGACGUCGCAUCCAGCUGGAAAAACAUAA